AGUUUUCACUGACAUAAGUUUUUUUACGAGUUGUCACGACAGAUAUUUUUUCUAGGAAGAAGGUACUAGCGACUCAGACUACUUGAAUAGGAGACGAAAACUACUACUAGGACAACAUACAUUGGAAAUACUAGUAUUUUGCUGAUCAAGAUCCUUGUUCGAUCUUCCAGUUAGUGCCCCACCACAGCGUAUUUUGCUGAUCAACGUCCUUGUUCGAUCGCAAAAAUGACGUCGACGGACCGCAAAGACCGCGUGCUCGUAACGGGCGGCGCUGGUUUUCUGGGGGCGCACUGCGUGCGCUUGUUGGCGAAACGGAAGGUGUAUCAAGUCGUAGCCACUGUGCGGAACCUGGAACGGGAUGGCCCCUUGCUUCGGGAGCUGUGUCCCGAUAUUGAGUUGCACGCACUGGAUUUGAUCGAGAACACUGUCGAAGAGUGGCGUCUAGCGGCGCGAGAUUGCAAAUUCUGCUUGCACGUUGCGUCGCCGUUUUUCAACCCCGCGAAAAGUGUGGAUCCAGAGAAGGAGCUCAUCCGCCCGGCUGUCGAAGGCACCCGCACCGUGCUCACGGCUUGCCACUUGGAAGGAGUUGAGCACGUUGCUGUAACGAGCUCAAUGGCCGCGGUCUUGGGUGCGCUUAAGUGGAGCAAUCUGAAGACUUCUGGUUCUGAGCCCACCAGCACCACGUCCGCGUCCGCGUUGGGAGCCUCCACUUCUUUGGCUGAGAUGGCAAGCAAGGGAGAGACCUUGUCGGGAUCGAAACACUGGAC